AUGAAUCUGGAGUUCUUACAUUAUGCUAGAUACGACGCCGGUGCUUCAGAACUCGCGGUUGCUAGAUUCAAGGCGCGCAAGUGGACCAUGCACUACAACAGCUUUUUCCCCGAAGACGCAAAAAAUGCCGAGGAGGUCUCACAGGCGCGUCGGAAGCUUCUAGGCGAAAUCAUUGUUGACAUUGAUGGCGACGAUAUUUGCAUUGAACCCCCAUUCUCGAUCGGUUACGGCUGCAAUAUCAAGUUUGGAAAACGGUUCUACGCAAUACGCAAACUUCAAUCUUUGUAUCCUGGACUGCGCCAUCAUAACAUCGGUGAUCGGGUCAUGCUGGGUCCCAAUGUGUCAAUUUUUGGAGCAACACAUGAGACAGACGUUCAAAGCCGACGUGACGGCGUAGAGUUUGCAAGGUCAGUGACGAUGGGGGAUGAUUGCUGGAUUAGUGGACAUUCAGUCAUACUUCUGGGGUCACGAUUGGAAAAGGCUGUAUUAUUGCUGCAGGUUUAA